AAUUUCAGGUUUCUCUCUUGUGGGUUUCAGGGUAGCGGUGACGCGCGUCGCCCUGUUCACCGACUCAUUUCCAUCUUUCCGUCUUCAUGCAUUUGAUUGUAUGUGUUUAGUCUUGGAUAAGUAUGACUGAGAGCGCGGGGACUAAAAAUGAGGAUUGUCAUGCAGCGAAUGGUGUGAAACCAGGAAGAAAUGGCAUGGUGAAAAACCAUCAUCACCAUCAUCAGUAUCAAAAGCAGGAGAAGGUUUACCAUGCUGCAUGCAAUGGAGAACUUUACAGCAGGCCGUUCAUCGAGUCCUUUGAGGAAACUCCCAUGCUGGUUGCCGUGCUCACGUACAUGGGCUACGGCAUCCUUACGAUCUUUGGAUAUCUGCGGGAUUUCAUGAGGGAGUGGAAAAUAGAAAAAUGCCACAUAGCCAGAGAAAGGGAGGAGCAGAAGGACUUUGUUCCACUUUAUCAAGACUUUGAGAAUUUCUACACAAGGAAUUUAUACAUGAGGAUUCGGGACAGCUGGAACAGGCCCAUUUGCAGUGUUCCUGGGGCCAUGUUUGACCUUGUUGAGCGCAGUUCCAAUGAUUACAACUGGACCUUUGAGUACACUGGGCGAGUGGUGAAGGAUGUGAUAAACCUUGGCUCGUAUAAUUAUCUGGGCUUUGCAGAGAACACAGGCACCUGUGCCACAGCUGCUGGAGAGGUGACGGUGAAAUUUGGGGUGGGCGUGGCCAGCACUAGACAGGAAAUGGGCAACCUCGAUAGGCAUGAAGAGUUGGAGAAACUGGCAGCGUCAUUCCUGGGAGUGGAGUCGGCUAUGGCUUUCGGCAUGGGGUUUGCAACCAACUCGAUGAACAUUCCUGCGUUAGCUGGCAAGGGAUGUCUGAUUCUCAGUGACGAGUUGAACCACGCUUCUCUGGUUCUGGGAGCCCGGCUGUCCGGCUCCACCAUCCGGGUCUUUAAACACAAUAAUAUGCAGAGCCUGGAGAAGUUGCUCAGAGACGCUAUUGUUCAUGGUCAGCCUAGAACACAUCGACCUUGGAAGAAAAUCCUCAUUCUCGUGGAGGGCAUCUACAGUAUGGAAGGCUCCAUCAUACGGCUGCCAGAAGUUAUAGCCCUGAAAAAGAAGUACAAGGCCUAUCUUUAUCUGGAUGAGGCUCACAGUAUCGGGGCAUUAGGACCCAACGGUCGUGGGGUGGUGGAGUAUUUUGGAUUGGACCCCAAAGAUGUAGAUGUCAUGAUGGGAACGUUCACAAAGAGCUUCGGUGCUGCUGGUGGAUACAUAGGAGGGAGGAAGGAUUUGAUAGACUACCUGAGAACUCACUCUCACAGUGCGAUUUACGCCACCUCUAUGUCGCUUCCUGUCGUGGAGCAAAUCAUCACUUCUAUGAAGUGCAUUAUGGGGAAGGAUGGAACAACAAUAGGCCGUUCACGUAUCCAGCGGUUGGCUGAAAACACAGUCUAUUUCCGUAGGAGACUGCGGGAGAUGGGAUUCAUCAUCUAUGGCAACAAUGACUCACCUGUGGUACCCAUGAUGCUCUACAUGCCCGCCAAAAUCGGGGCGUUUGGUCGGGAGAUGUUGAAGAGAAACAUUGGAGUAGUGGUGGUGGGCUUCCCAGCCACGCCGAUCAUAGAGUCCAGAGCCCGCUUCUGUAUCUCUGCUGCCCACACCAAGGAAAUGCUGGACAGGGCGCUGAAUGUGAUCAGUGAAGUAGGCGAUCUGCUGCAGCUGAAGUAUUCGCGGCACAAAGUUCUUCCAUCAUUGGACCGGCCCUUUGACGAGACCACAUAUGAGGAGAACGAAGAGUGACGUACUUCUUAUCUGAACCAAAUGUGCACUGCUCAUCUUCUGCUCUCCGAAAGGAAGCAGCGAACCACUUAAUAAAUAUAACUUUUUUUAAACUUAGGUAUAUCAUCUUUAUUUUAACACAUGAAGCUCUGAACAAAAACAAAACACUGAUGCUUUUAGUAAGAAAAAAAUGCUCACUUCCCAGUUUCCUCUGCUGCAUUUGUCACCUCAGAUUCAUUUUGACAUGAGGUUUGGGAUCUGUUUUUAAGUCGUUGUGGCAUUCGUUUAUGGAAAUUAAUACUUUGAUUUUUCUCUGCUAGCCACAGGAGGCUUUGAGCUGCUUGGGUACUUGCUAAAGCCAUAUGUCACUGCAGCCUUCAAAACCGUUUUUGUGUACAAAAACCAUUGAGAGGUUGUUUUUUUUUUCUUCUCUAGUAAGUGAGAACAGACUGGCAACGAACCCAUAAUUUCCGAGGAUCCUGACCUAUGAAAGGAAUUACAGGUUCUUCUUAUUGCAUUGUCAGUACAUUCACUGUGUUACCUAAAUCAAACUCCAAAACCUCCACAACUUGGCUCUCUAGUUGUUGUUUCCACAGAUUUUGACUUGCGGCCAGCUCUGGUGUCUUGCUUCAAUCUGGCUAUCGUUUUUCUUAUGUUACCAGGAUAUUUAUUUUUUCAUCGUGAUACAAAUCGCGGAGGGCGAUGUUGGUUAUGUCUAGGUAGAAACAAGCAUAUUUAUCAAAUUUUCACCUCUAAAGAAACUUGGAUGCUGAUUACAUGCAUUAUCUCCAAAGCUGCGGCACAGGUUCCAAAAUCUUGUAGAAACUUGACAUUUUAAAAAGAUUUGUUCACCCAAAAAUGAAAUGUGGUGAAAGUUGACUUUCCUUUAGGCCGUUCAAGAUGUGGAUGAGUUUCUUUGUCGAAUUUUAGGAUGUCACUUGCUUGGAUCCUCUGCAGUGAAUGGGUGCCGUCAGAAUGAGAGUCCAAACUGCUGAUAAAAAUUGCAAUAAUCCACAUGAAAUCAUCAAUUAAUCUGUAUUGAAAAGCAAAAAGCUGUCUGUUUUAUUAAGCUUUCAAGCUACAAUAUGUGUCCUCUAUUGAUAAAACGUUUCAUUUAGUCCAUCCCAUCAAAAUCCACCAACAUAUGCGUUCAGAACCGUUUUCGCUUAAAAGCUGCUUGAUCUGUGUGUAUUUUUCUCCUGAUUAAUUUUUUUACUGCAAGGCAAUAUUAUGGACUAUUUAACGUUAAAUAUAUUACAAACUUGUUGCUUUUUGAUGCACAACAUUAAUUGCACUCUCGUACUGACGGCACCUAUUCACUGCAGAUGACACAAGUGAUGUAAUGCCAAAUGUCUCCUAAUGCUAAUGUUCUGAUGAAGAAACGAACUCAUCUACAGCUUGAAUGGCCUGAAUGUGAGUAAAUUAUAAUUUUCCUUGCAACUAUUUUUAAUAGUGACUUAUUCGUGUAUGAGUGCAAUGCCAUGAAUAACUAAUAAGUUCUCUUUAGCUUAUGAUUUGCAAAGCCUUUAAACACUUUCCAGAAUUCAUUUCUUUUCACAGUUAUGUAUAUGUUUCUUUAUUGUACAUAUUUAUUUAUUAUUCAUGUUUCAUAUCUUUUAUUGUUUGGAGAAGUGUACUUUUAAUCAUCAACGGCAGCUCCAGAUAUCCUCAUAUGCACAUGCAUGAUGUGCAUGCUCUCAGUGUGCAUACUACUGAUGAGUAUUUUUAUAUCAUUUUAAUAUUCCCAGCAAAGCAUGUGGGAUGUAAUCACUGAAUCUGCUGGUUUAUGACGCUUUAAAGGUGCUGAAAUGUACACUCUUUGUUCUGUUUUGUGGCUUCUGUUUCUUUGGUCCUGUGGGGUAGUGCGUUCUCCCAUAUAUUUAAUUUAGUGCAAGUCUUUUACAACAUCAAAAUCCAGGGAUAUUUCUUUUAAAACUUUUCCUUUUUUAACCGGUGUUGCUUUAUUUGCAACCAGAAGAGAGUUUUAAAAAGUUUUAAAAAAGCUAAAGAUGGAAACAAUCAUAUUUUUGUCUUGAUAAUAUAAAAACUGACAUGUAAGAAAGAUUAAUCCAACUACAAAGACUUCUUGUUCAAAUAAAACACAAGCUUUACCAGUACAUUCACUGUAUGUGUUCUAAUAUGACUUUGCUGCCUGUAGUGCAUACUGUUUUUCAGACCUACUUUUGAAUCAAAGUACACUGUGGGCUUCAUCAGUUCAGGAGUUGUUCGACUCCUCUAAGGAAAUUAAAUUACUAUGACUAAAUGUA